UAUGGCUAGUGGGCACUCUGUUCCACAUCUGGACGGUCCACUAUGGAACGUAAGUGGAAUGACGGUAACAAGAUCGGAUGGAAGCCUUUACGCGAGCCCCAACAUGACGGAUGACCAAAGUACGGACACCGCAGACCCUGGGGUGGAACCCGGGAUGCGCAGCGAGGAGGAGCGUUUUCGAACUUUCCAAAACUGGCCAAGCAAUGCACCGGUAACCCCAGCUGACCUGGCAAGAGCCGGCUUUUACUUUCUUGAUGUCGGGGACCAGGUGCAAUGUUUCUGUUGUGAGGGAAUACUGAGAUACUGGGUUCACGGAGACAGUGCGUUAGAAGAACAUAAGAGGCACUUUCCGGCUUGUGAUUUCGUGCUGGGCAGAAAUGUUGGCAAUAUACGGCGAUAUCCCGUACCGGGGUCCCCUGACGACGUGGAUGGACAACUCCUGAGUCAACUUCAGAGGAUGACGGUAGAUGAUCAAGGAGUUGGUGGACAGGCAGUUUACCCGGAGAUGGAGUCGGAGGAUACUCGACUGACCACGUAUCAUAACUGGCCCACGGGAGCGUCUGUCCAACCUGAUGCUCUUGCCAGGGCAGGUUUUUUCUAUACCGGCCAUGGUGACAAUGUCAAGUGCUUCUUUUGUGAUGGGGGCCUCAGAAACUGGGAGCCUGGAGAUGACCCUUGGCAAGAGCACGCCAAAUGGUUUCCACGGUGUGAGUUUCUGGUUCAAACAAGAGGGCGUGAGUAUGUCAGUAACAUCCAGGAGUCCUAUUUCAACAUGGGUGAAACAGUGGGUGGUUCCCAGCUUCCUACUAGCAGGGACAUAACCCCUGGGAGCGAUGUGCUGGGGGGUCAGGGGUCGUCCCCGGUGGUGCAGACGGUGUUGGGGAUGGGCUUCCCGGCGGCGCUGGUGGAGAGCCUGGUGCAGACGCGCUUCCUGCUGACCGGACGCCACUACACGUCCGUGUCCGACCUGGUCGCCGACAUCCUGCAGGCCGAGGAAGAAGACCGGCUGCGGGGCGAGCAGACCACAGAGCCGGUGGAGAGACAGGGCAACAGUGGCGGUGGGAGGAGAGCGCAGGUCACAGCCAGGGACAAAGCUCUAGGAGACCUGAGUGCGGAGGAGCAGCUGCGUCAGCUUCAGGAGGAGCGCACCUGCAAGGUGUGUAUGGACAAGACGGUGUCCAUCGUGUUCAUCCCGUGCGGUCACCUGGUGGUCUGCACCGACUGUGCGGCCAGCCUGAGACACUGCCCCAUCUGCAGAGCGGUCAUCCGCGGCAGCGUGCGAGCCUUCAUGUCAUGAGUGAUCAGAGAAGAGAGAAACAACCCACACACACACCAACACCUCUCUCUCUCUCUCUCUCUCUCUCUCUCACGCACAUACAUGUUGCA